UGCCUACGGAGUACCCUUCCUGAGUGGACGACUAGAUUGGGAGGCGGGGCACGGCUGCGACCACCUGUGUAAAAUUUCCUACCACUACUCAGUGAAGACCGUUCGCUUUCACAAGGUCACUUUCACCCACUCGAAUCUUCUACGUUUCUCAGUAAUCCAAGGCAUAUCCAGGUUGUUUCUCACCCAGCCUGCUACUAUUUCCUUGCCUGUAUAUACGCAGCGAGUCGCCGCCUGAAAUCCUUCAAUACACCACACCACCGGCACAUAUCCGCAGCAAUGGCCAAGAGCGCGAGAGCCAGCGUUAUCAAGAAGAACAACCAGAGACUCAAGGCAAAUGUCUUUGGUCCCGUUGAGCAGGCCAGAGCCGAGCGUCUCUCGGCGAAGCUGCUAGAAUUGGCAAAGGCCCCCAAGCCUGAGAGAGAGGCAGACACCAAGAUGGACGUUGAGGAGCAGGACGACGAUGCGGAAAUCAACGGCGAUGAUGAGAAGAAGGAGGCUAAGGCGGAUGACACCUCCAUGGACGUUGACUCGGCGAAACCCAAGCGUCGUUCCGGAAGAAUUCAGAAGCAAAGGAAGAAGACUUCCAAGGUCGUCUUCCCCAAGUACAGCGACCGUCGCGGAGGUUCCAAGGGCGGCGUUUCCAAGAGAAAGUAAAGGCUUAUGUACUUCACUGUUGUUUCCCCUCGCUUCUUCCAGUAUCAUGGGCGAAGAGUCGCGCUCAUGGACGAAAAGCCUAAGUGCGGUCGCGCAGAGAGUCUCGUGAUGAGGGACUCAUUCCUGGCCAUAUCCAAUUCCUUUUCCGGCGUUCUUGUGAAUAGUGGGAGACUAAAAUUUUCAUCGGUUAUUUUGGGGGGUCAUUUCACAUUUUUCACCCCAUUGAGAGAGUACGUUGGAGAAGCGGUCAAAAAGUUGAUAGACCUAUAGACAUGGCACUGGGCAUAGCCAUGUAUUUGCCAGACGAAUAAUGAAAAACUCACUGUCAACUCCCAAUUUCUCC